AUGACCCCACCAUCGUCAACACCAGCGUCGACGGCAGCGACGACGCACGACUACGCUCGGGAGCUGAACCACGCCCUGCAGACAGUCUACCUCGCCUCGCACCUCACGAAAUCCGUCCUCCGCUCCCUCAACAAUGCCGUCUCCGCAGAGACGAAGGCAGACUCCUCGCCCGUCACCAUCGCCGAUUUCGCCGCCCAGGCCAUUAUAAUAUCUUCCCUGCACGCCGCGUUUCCCGACGAUCUCUUCGUGGGCGAGGAGAGCGCCGAGCAAUUGCGUCAGGAUGAUGACCUCGCGGUGCGAGUGUGGGAGCUCGUCGAGCGGGCGAGGGUGAUACUAGACUCCAUCUCCCGUUCCACUGCAUUAUCAUCGCUCACCGGAGAAGAGGGGCGAGGGGCAGAGGAAGGCAAAGCCGUGGAUAUCCACCUCCCAGCCGACAAGGCCGAGAUGCUGUCGACCAUCGACCUCGGCGGGACUACGACGCAAACACGGAGUGGACGCGUCUGGGUCCUCGAUCCCGUGGAUGGCACAGCGACAUUCAUGCAAGGGAAGCAGUACGCGGUCGCCCUGUGUUUGCUCGUCGACGGCGUGCAGGAGGUCGGCGUGAUAGCGUGUCCCAAUCUGGCCUUCGACAUCGACGAGGAAGCGGCGGCCAGCGCGGGAAAGAAGGAAAAGCAGCAGCGGAUCCACGAGGACUUGGUCGACAGGGAGAGCUAUGGCGUUGUUUUGUCUGCUGUGCGAGGGCGAGGCACAUAUGUGAGGCGAAUGCAUGCGAUCGAAAACGGCAGCAGCAAACAGCUCCGUGACCUGAACUUUGUUGAAUCUGCCAUCGGCUCGACCUCUCUGUCCCAGGGCGAGCAUCGCGAUGUCGCCGAGCUUCUCGGCGUGCCAGUGUCAAGCAAUUGGCCAGGUACCACAGUCUGGUCACAGCAGUUGAAGUAUGUAGCCCUCGCCCUGGGCGCAAGCGACGUCAUGGUGCGCAUUCCAAAGAACAAAGAGCGCUUCACGUACCUGUGGGAUCACGCGGGCGGCCAGAUUCUGUUUCAGGAGGCAGGCGGCGUGAUCAGGGAUUUCGAUGGCGGGGACAUUGAUCUGGGGAACGGGAGGAAGAUUCUCGGAGAGAGGAACUACGGUAUGGUGGCUGCGAUGCCAUGGGCCUUUGACGAGGUCGACCGGACCGUGAAAGAGGUCCUUGCGAGGCGGACGGCUUGA